AUGUCUUCCGGCUUCUCCGGCGGCGUACCGGACUUCUUCUCCGGCGGACGCAGGUCCGCUGUCCUAUCCACGUCCGCCAACGCCGGCACCUUCAACGCAAAUCCCAACCACCAACAGCAAUUCUCCUUCCGCUCGCCGCUCGCCGGACUCCCACCCGACCCGGUCGCACAGAUCCCGCGGCCCGAGUUUACCGGCAAGAGGUCGCUCGCCGAUUUUCAGCAUGCGAGCCAGGGGCUGGGAUUUUAUCUCCGGAACGUGAAACAGAGGCCCGGCAACUACCACCACGCGCCACCUGUUUCGCCGCUCACUGCAACGGAUCUCACUCAGAUUCCCUCGAUUUCACCGGUGAUGUCCACCCUCAACCCGCGGUACGGACUCCCCGUCCACCAGCAGCACCGGCUGUCGCCCCUCACGAUUUUAAACAGAAACUCCGGCGGCAAUUUGCCCGCCGGAGCGUCAAUGCUUAAUUCGGGCCAGAACAUAGGAUUCGGACCGAGUAAUUUGAGUUCGGACCCGGAGUAUUCGAUCCGGGAUCAGUCGGAGAAGAGCGUUAUGAUGAGCCACAAGCUGCUGGAGCUCGAAAAGCAGCUCCUCGGAGACGACGAAGAGGGCGAAACAGUAUCCGCCGUCACCGACAGCGAGUGGCCGGACACGAUUCAGAACCUGAUCGGCCCGGCCCGAAAGCCCAUUUCUUCAUCCCCAACCUCGUCCUCCUCCUCCUGCUCCUCGGCCACGCCGGCGCUCCCCUGCCCGAAGCAGGCCCUCGUCGAGGCCGCGGCCGCCAUCGUCGACGGCCGUCCGGAGGUCGCCGUCGAGACACUUGCCCGCUUCCAGCAACCGGCGGCGAACCCGCGCGGGACCCCUGAGCAGCGGCUCGCUGCUUAUAUGGCCGCGGCGCUGAGGGCGCGCUUGGCGCCGGCGCAGCCGUCCCAGCCGGAGGUUCUGGGGAAGGAGCACGCGGCUUCGACGCAGAUGCUGUACGACGCCUCGCCGUGCUUCAAGCUUGGUUUCAUGGCGGCGAAUCUCGCCAUCCUCGAGGCUACGGCGGAGCAAGGGCUCUCCAAAAUCCACUUCCUCGACUUCGAAAUCGGGCAGGGCGGUCAGUACGUGCACUUGCUCCACGCGCUCGCUGCUAAGAGGAAGACCGAAACCCCCAAUUACGACUGCGUGUCAAUCGGAGUCCCGCUAGCGUUCGCAGCAAAAAAUCUCGAAAUCGCCGAGUUAACUCGGGAGAAUCUGGGAAUCGGGAACGGCGAGGCCCUGGCCGUGAACCUCGCGUUCCGGCUGUACAGACUGCCGGACGAGAGCGUGACCACGGAGAAUCUCCGGGACGAGACUCUCCGGCGCGUGAGGGGUCUGUCGCCGGAGGUCGUGACGGUGGUUGAGCAGGAAAUGAACACCAACACGGCCCCGCUGGCGGCGCGCGUGCGGGACGCGUGGGAGUACUACGGGCUGCUGCUGGACUCGCUCGAGUCGACUCUGCCCCGGGACAGCUCGGACCGGGUCAGGAUUGAGGAGGGUCUUGGCCGGAGGAUGGUUAACGCGGUGGCGCACGAGGGUAUGGACCGAGUCGAGAGGUGCGAGGUGUUUGGGAAAUGGCGGGCCCGGAUGUGCAUGGCCGGGUUCGAGCAGAGGCGGAUGAGUCGACUCGUGGUGGAUUCGCUCCGCGCUAAGUUGAACUCUGGGACACGUGGCAACCCGGGAUUUAGUGUGAAUGAGGAAUCGGGCGGCGUGGGUUUUGGUUGGAUGGGUCGGAAUCUGACGGUCGCGUCUGCGUGGCGUUGA